AUGUCAGGUAUGAAACGUAAACACGUUACUCUUUCACUAAAUGAAAAAUUAGCAGUGCUACAAAGACUGGACAAAGGGGAAUCACUUCAAAAAAUUGCCAAGGAACUCAAUGUAGGCGUUACGACGAUAAAAGAUUGGAGAAAAAAUUGGAAAGACAUUGAAUCAUAUACAGUGACUAUAGAUGGUGAAAACGCUCUUAAAAAACGCAAAACAUUGAAAAAACCUGAACUUGAACUGCUUGACAAUGCAUUGUGGAUGUGGUUUUGCAAAGAAAGAAGAAAAGGAACUCCAAUAUCUGGGCCCCUAAUAAAAGAAAAGGCAAUAGCUUUGCACAAAAAACUAGAAGCCGAAAGUGAGUUCGCCGCUAGUGAAGGCUGGAUUGAUCGCUGGAAAACCCGUCAUGGCGUCCGGUUUGUUUCAAUUUCUGGUGAAAAACUAUCCGCUGAUGCUGAGACAGCCAAGAAUUUUUCUGUGAAAUUUCAAGAAAUUGUCGAAGAAUAUGAACUGUUACCUUGCCAAGUCUUUAAUAUAGAUGAGACAAGCCUAAACUAUAAAAUGCUGCCAAACAAAACGCUCGCUUCAUCAAAUGAUACCGUUGCAGGAACGAAACUUAUAAAAGAUAGGCUAACCAUUGCUCCUUGCAUCAACGCUGACGGUACACACAAGCUUCCUUUGUUCGUUAUUGGUAAAUCUAAGAAGCCAAGGGCAUUCAAAAACAUAAAUUUAUCUUCCUUGCCGGUUUAUUAUCGCAGUCAAAAAUCUGCUUGGAUGGAUUCCAAUCUUUUCAAAUCUUGGUUUAUCGAUGAGUUCGUUCCAUCUGUUGAAAAAUACUUGAAACAAAAAAAUCUCCCUGUUCGUGCUCUAUUGCUAUUGGAUAAUGCACCAUCAUAUCCAUCUGAGGAGGAAUUAGUGAAAGAGGACAUAAAAGCUAUCUUCCUUCCUCCAAAUGUCACAUCACUUAUCCAACCAAUGGAUCAGGGAGUUAUAGAAUGGUUAAAGAGGCGGUAUCGCAGAAAGUACAUCAGUUCAAUUUUAGAAAAGUCCGAAGAAGGUUUUAACAUAUUUGAAUCAAUGAAAUCCCUUAAUAUCAAAGAUGCUAUCUAUACGAUUGCUGAUUCGUGGGAGGAACUAAAACCUGACACUUUGCAAAAAUCUUGGCGUAAGCUUUGGCCGGAAGUUAUGACUGAAAGUGACCAGAUUGAAGAUGAACAAAACAACGACACGCAAGAAAUAAUAAAAGAUCUACAAAGUGUACAACCGAAUUUCCCUGCCAGUGAAGUUGAGGAAUGGAUUGUCCAAUGUGACAAAAACUGUGAAACAAGUGAAAAUCUUAAUGACGAUCAGAUUAUUACCGCCGUUUUGGAAAAUAACGGUGAAGAAACUGUGAACAAGGACUCGGACGGUGAUGCUGACGAACCCCCUACCCAGAUUUCACACACCGAUGCCAAGAAUGCUUUUGAUAUUGCCCUUCAGUACAUAGAGCAGAGCUCAACCUCAACACCUAUGGACAUUUUGUGGAUCAAGAAAUGGAGAAAUAUUGCAGCUCAAUCUAGAAUUACAUUCUCUAAACAAAAAUCUAUAACUGACUUUUUUUCUAAGUAA